AUGGAUGUCAAAAAGUGUGCUCGUUGCCAUCGAUUGCGGUCAAUCUCUCUAUUUGAAAAGUUCAAGAGUGGCCGAGUACGAGCGACAUGCAACAGAUGUAUUCAAAGAGACAACUACCCGGCAAUUGACAGGAUGAGCUUUUCAAAAGUAACCAGUGCCCAGCAUCCCGCAAUGACUGAAGGGUUCAAUCCUACCGCCCCGCCCCCUAUGCUUUCUCCAGUGAGCAUUGGCCAGAAAGCACCCAGUCGUCCGGAAUUGAUACUCGAGGCCAAAAUGACUCCCGCAUAUAUGCCUCAGAACAGCCGAGAGCAAGUUCACUUUUCUGCUCCCGUACCUCCUACCAAACACAGCCCGUUGGCAACAAAUCAUGCGGAGCCGAAAUUGCAUGGCCAAAGCUCGAAUGCGGAUCUUCAUUUGAUGCCCAGUUUAGAAGCAGUUGCAUCGCUUCAACCAGAUUUGGCUCCUCUCCUUUCCAGUCUCAAUGAAAGCGGAAGCUACGUGUUGCUUUAUAUUCCGUGCAAAAUGCAUCAUAAAUAA